CUCUCCAAUAUUUCACUAUAAAUUCACACCCAUUCCUUCUCUUCCAUUCUCACUCCUCUCUAUCUAUUUCUAACCCUUCCUAACUUUUGCGUCGGAGCCAUUCAUCUUCAAUUUUUCACCCGAAUUAAAAAUUUGGGUUUGGCUUUAAAACCUUGUUUUCAUCCCCUGUUCUGUUCUGUUCUGUUCUGUACUCUGUUUUUAUUUUUUUUCUCACAUUCCCUUGUGGUCAGCAAAAUGUCCUCAAGUGCCUGUCAAGGUUUCCAAUCAUGCCUUGACCCUCCAAUCAUCGAACCACGAGUGUUGAAACUGAGAUUAACUCCAUCCAAAUCAAACCUUUCCCAAUCGUCGGGAUCGAAUAGUAAGCCAACUGUUUCCGACUCUCAAACUCAGCUAGAAUCCCAAAAUGAACAAAACAAGGUGACAAGGAAUAAAAAAGCAGAUAUGGGUGGCUGGAGUUUCUUCCAAGCUCUCAGCAUAAUAUCCGAGAGCAAAAAGAACGAUGCUGAAAAAGAGAAAGUCUAUGUUCAUCCUCUUAUUAAGCGCUCUUCUUCCAUGCUUAGCAAACGGAGCUUGGAAAUGUGCACUGAAAGUCUAGGCAGUGAGACUGGGAGUGACGUUAGUGACACCAACUUCGAUGAAUUUUCUUCACUUUCGGUUGAAAGUGAGAAAUUUCCCGCAAGGCAGUGUUCGAAACUGGGUGAAAUUUUGGCAGCGAAGAGAUUGAAUCGCAGCCGUAGUUUUCCACCUCCUUUGACAUCUAUUAGCGGUUCGAGUGGUAUUCAAGUUAGGCCCCGCAGAGAAGGUGGUCGUCUGGUUUUAGAAGCUGUAACUAUCUCUUCUCGUAGAACAUAUUUCCAUGCAGAGCGAUCCGACGGCAGGCUCAAGCUCCGAUUGUUGAAUGAUUCUCCUUCAAGUUAUGACAAUGACGCAGAACAAGAAGAAGAAGAAGAGGAAGUUGAAGAAAUGGGAAAGUCUUUUCAAGCUGAGGAAAAGGUGGUUGAAGCAGAUGGAGCUGAGAAUGAAGAUGAAGAUGGAGAUGAAGUUUAUGAUGAAGAAAAUGGCGAAAUGGGUGAGGAGAUGGAUGGGAUUUGUGGGAAUGUUGGGGGUGAAUUGGGAAUAAAGAAGCUUUCCAGGCCGAGCAGAUGCAAAGAAGGUGGGCGUGGGAACAGAGGAUUGAUGAACUGGGAGACAUUUUGGGUGGCUACUUGAAAAAGAUUUUUCCUUUUUCUCUAGAUUUAACAAUUGUUAAUUUUAUCUUCAUUUUGCUUUUCUUUCUUUCCUUUUUUUCUUUUUUUUUUUUAUUAAAUAUUUUUAGUCCUUAUAAUUUGAACUUUCCGUACCUUGGAAUUUUCAUAACAUGCUAAUGGUAGUUAUUAUCGUUAUUGGACGUUCUUCUCUCUCUUCAGA